UGGGGUUUGAACUCAGGGCUUCAUGCUUGCAAAGCAGGUGCUCUACCACUUGAGCCACACCUCCAGUCCUAGGAUAUGUGUGUAUAAGCAUGUUCUGUUUCUCUUUUGGAAAAAAAAUGAUAAUAAAACCCCAGAUGGGCUAGGGUUUACAGAAAACUAUGUUAUGUAUAUGUACAUUUAAAUAUUACACUGUUUAUAUAUGCUCUGAGUAAAGGUCCUAGAAGACACAGUUAUCACUGGUCAGUUCUCCCCACUGGCAGACAUGGGUAAAGUGGGAAGGGGAUGUACAGAGGAAAGAGGAAGAAGAAAGAGGACUUGGACUUUGUGAUUCAUACCCUUACUUCCCCUCCAGAAGCAUUACUUUGUAAUAAAAACACAUUUGGAAUACUUCAUAAUAAAAUAAACAGAAAGGAGAAGGCAGCUCAGCAGUACCACUAACCUAGAGAAAUCUGUCCGAAUUCUGACCCAAAGCUUGGCAGCCCUCUUCUUAAAGCCAUUUUGGGCCCUCAGGGGGUCUGUCCACCCUUAGAGUAUAGCAGGCAGGCUGUGGUUCCUGAGCUCCCUUGGGGAAGUGGAUGCUCUCUGUACUUGCCCUUUCCCAGCAACCCAGCCAUCUCUGUCUGGAAGGAGCUGAGGGCUGGGAGAAAAGCACUGAAUACCACAGGACUACAGAGAGCACGGACCCCUGGACCCCAGUCCUGCUGUAUGUUCCCAGAGUCCCAUGGCCUUAUCUGCUGUCCUCUCCUGUAACUGCCCUUGUUCUGGCCUCAUGUGUUUGGGGGAGGGGGCUGUAAAGCCCAGACCUCUCAUCUUGGCAGUUAGGUCCCUUCAUGACUGCUUCCAAUCUUCCCAACAUUCAGAUUAGAUGACAUGUGGCUGGCUCCUUACAUCCUGAGAGUUCCUACCUCCCGUACCUUUGCUCUCUCUAUUCCUACUGCCCCCAAAUCCUUCCAUUCUCAAAAUGCUGAUCUUUUCUCUCUGUCUUGACUGCUGAAAUCUUAUUCUCCUUUUCACCUAUUCAUCCUGUAAGACCCUGUUUAAGUCACCUCCUCAAGGACACCUUCCAUGUGCAUUCCAGCAAGAAGGGUUGCCCCCCACCCCAUCCCUCUCUUCUAGGUGCCUCCAUUUCUAUCUUGUGGUGCCAAGCACCGCAAUUUUCCAGAUGAGGAGAAAGAGACAGCAACUUGCCCAGGGUCACCUCCAACAUGCAGAUUCCUGCCAUGAUGUCUCUGCUACUUGUGUCUGUGGGCCUCAUGGAUGCAUUUCAGAUCCAGAGUCACACCAUCAUAAGGCGAGGCUUCUUCUUUCAAGAGACACCCCUGGACAUGGCCCUGGCCUCCUUUGAUGACCAGUAUGCUGGUUGUGCCGCAGCCAUGACAGCUGCCCUCCCGGAUCUCAACCACACUGAGUUCCAGGCCAACAAAGUGUAUGCAGAUGGCUGGGCAUUGGCAAGCAGCCAAUGGCAGGAGCGCCGAGCCUGGGGACCUGUGUGGGGCAUCAGCCCUAGCCACCUGCCCCCGCCACCCCCGGGCUUCCGGGAUGAGCAUGGGGUGGCGCUCCUGGCCUACACAGCCAACAGCCCCCUGUACAAGGAGUUCAACGCGGCAGUGCGUGAGGCGGGCCGCUCCCGGGCCCACUACCUCUGCCACUUCUCUUUCAAAACGCUCCAUUUCCUGCUGACUGAGGCCGUGCAACUGCUAGGCAGGGACCGGCGUCAGCCUCAGUGCUACCAGGUGUACCGAGGAGUGCAUGACCUGCACUUCCAGACAGCAGGGCCAGGGGCCACCGUAAGGCUGGGGGGCUUUGCCUCUGCCUCUCUGCAAAAUGCUGCAGCCCAGCAAUUUGGAGAGGAUACCUUCUUUGGCAUCUGGACCUGCCUUGGGGCUUCCAUCAAGGACUACUCCUUCUUCCCUGAAGAGGAGGAGGUGCUGAUCCCCCCCUUUGAGACCUUCCAGGUGGUCAAUGUCAGCCGACCCUCCCAGGGCCCUGCCCAUAUUUACCUCCGUGCUCUGGGCAAGUGCAGCAGAUACAACUGCGAGUACAUCAAAGAUAAGAAGCACAGAUCUGGGCCCUGCAGGCUGGAUAGCUCAGCCACAAGCCAGGACUCCCUCUCCACAGUCUGGUCCUUCUUGAUGCUGGUCUGGUUCCCUGUGCUGGGGGCCCUUCCAGAGGGUCCAGGCCUCCUCUGACCCAUAGACACUGAAUAGCCUCACUGUGCCUCAGCUAAGUGGCCACUUGUAUGCUUUAAGUGGCACCAAGAUCCCUGAUAAGCACAUCUGCAAGGAACUCUGGGUUCUUCACUGGCAGCCACCAAACCUCCCAGUUGGGACACAGAAGAGAAUUUGGGGGCUGAACUUUACCCUGGUUUCUUACCCUGGUUUCUAAGAGUGAGACUCUGACUAGAGGUGAGAAGACUCUAGGAUAGAUGGUGACUCGCUUGAAGACAGAACACUGCAGCUCAAGGAGAGUGAUUGUGGAGGGGAACACCUGGCCAUGGGACUUGCUGGUGUCACGCAAAGGCCUCACAUAAGCUCCUGUGCACUCCUCCAGGAAGCCUUCUCUGUCUUCUGCCAACUGGCUAGGUUAGGGGCCCUGCCUCUCUCUUCCCAUUGGUCCUUGGGUGCUUCCUGGGUCAGACUGUGAGCUUCCUCAGGGUAAGGACUGGGUCCGACAGUCAGAAAAGGAACCGUGUGAAAGUCAGAAAGCUAAUGCCUGUGAAUGGCUGGUCCCUGCGCUGCCCCUUGGACACUUGAGCUCUCCCAACUGUUUGUGCCAAUGUGCUAGACUGCAUGUACUCUGAGGACAGAAAGCAGGAGAAAUGGCAGACCAACCUUUAGAUCCUCUCCUGGGGCCCAAGCCAAAUCCCAAUCAUUUUCUUAUCAACAAAAGUGUAAUUUCUGCUCUGAUCCAUAAAUCUUGAAGUUUCUGUCUCUAGAGACAAAUCUGGAUCCCUAACUUCCAUCACCACCGGCCCCAAGGGGAAAAUGUUAUCAAGGAGGUGCUAGGCACACACUUUAUUAUGAGUUAACGCUUUGGGGCCAAAUGUCUUCAUGUCCUCCUGCUCUAGAAACUAGACCAUGAUGGCUGGGGAGCAUGGCUCAAGUUGGUAGAGUGCCUGCUUACCAAGCACAAGGCCCUGAGUUCAAACUCCAGAACUGCCAAUCACAUC